UUAUUUCAAUUUUAUUUAGUAAUUGCAAUUAAAUGAGAAUACUCUAGUUAGAAUUUGUCAUUAAAUUGGCGGUCCGUCAGUAUACACUCGCGUGUUGCGAAGGUAAUACGUCGAAAAUUUGUAAAAUGACUAGCAGCACCUACAAUAUUUUGUGUGUCGCUUUGGCGAUGUUUUUGGUGGUCACGAAUAGCGCAGAUAUUAAUCAACCAACCAAUAAUCAAGUCAUAGAUUCACGAAUUGUUGGCGGCAAAGUGACAAAUAUUGUGCAGUAUCCUCAUCAGAUCAGUUUACGUGAGAGGGAUGCAGCGGAAGAGCCCUACGAUCAUUCAUGUGGUGGCAGCAUAUAUUCGGAUCGUAUUGUCAUAACCGCAUCGCAUUGCGUUGAUGGUACUGAGAGCAGUGAACUUAUGGUUGUUGUUGGCACAAAUCAACGCAACGGUACCGAUGGUGUAAUAGUACCUGUACAAGAGAUUAUUAUGCAUGAGGAAUACGAUCAAGAACGAACGACUAACGACAUUGCUCUGCUGGUACUUGCCGCUGCAUUGCCGAUCAAUAAUUUCACCAUUAAACCAAUUGAAUUGGCUGAGGUGCAGCCAGAGCAUGGUGAUAUCGCUACAAUAACCGGUUGGGGCUUAGAUGCGCAAUCACAGAUUCCCAACUUUCUGCAUGAAGUGAAGGUGCCGAUCGUAAGCAAUAAAAUCUGUAAUCAAAGUUAUGAGGGUGCCAUCACCGAAGCCAUGCUCUGUGCGGGUUUAUUGGAUGUUGGCGGCAAGGAUGCCUGUCAAAUGGAUUCGGGAGGACCGCUACUGGUUAAUGGCAAAUUAGCGGGUGUGGUCUCAUGGGGAAGCGGUUGUGGACUGCCCAACUAUCCUGGAGUAUAUGCAAAUGUUUGGUAUUUACUACCAUGGCUGCGUGUGAAUAUCGCCAGGGUAGAGGCGAAGCUCGCGAAUCAAAACUAAAAGUUGUUUAGUUCAUAUGGAAGUUAUGCGCACUUCUACAGUGUAAAAUAUGGACAGUUCCAUAAUGAAUAAAAGUUUGUCAUGCUAAAGCAA